AUGUCUUCUUCCAAGCCUAUUCAGUUCAACAACCGCGUCGCCAUCGUCACCGGCUCCGGCCGCGGACUCGGCCGUCAACAAGCCAUCCUCCUCGGCAGUCUAGGAGCUUCUGUCAUCGUGAACAGCACCACUCCAGCAACAGCCAAGUCCACCGUUGAUGCCAUUGUCGAGGCGGGUGGCAAAGCUAUCGCUUGCGUCGGUUCCGUCACUGAACCGUCUGUCGCCGAGUCUCUAGUCAAGACUGCCAUCGACACAUUUGGCCGCAUCGACAUCGUUGUUAACAAUGCCGGUACAUAUCAGGACAAGGCUUUUGACAAGACCACCGUCGCCGACCUACGGGAGAUGCUCUCAAUCCACGUGGAGGGCUCUUACAACCUUACUCGGGCUGCCUGGCCACACAUGCAGAAGCAGAAGUAUGGUCGCGUCGUCAUGAUUACCUCUCACACGAUUUUUGGCAUGCCCGGUAUCUCCAACUACGCGGCUGCGAAGGCGGCUCUUAUCGGUAUGGCCAAGACGCUUGCUGUCGAGGGAGAAGCGCAUGGCAUCCACGUCAACUCGGUGGCUACGACUGCUUACACGGAUACCACUGCUGCCAACGCCCCCGAGCAGAUGAGGGGAUUCAUGAAGGCCAACCUACCUGCUUCUGAGCCAGCGCGUGCCGUCGUAUGGCUCACCAGCGAGGAUUGCAAGGUGAAUGGGGAAGUCCUUGGUGCUCAGGGGAGGAUCGUCAAUCGAAUCUUCUUGGGCGACACAAAGGGCUUCAAGGGGUCGAGCAACGAGGAGUGGACUGUUGAAAGGGUCAGAGAUAAUUGGGAGGCGGUGGUUGAUGAGAAAGACUACGCCGCGCCGAAGAACACGAACGAGAUUGGCGGGAUGUUGUUUCAACGCCUUUCAAGUGAUUCCUAG